CGCUCCGAGUCCUGGCUUCCACUGCCGCCGCGCGGCCAGGGCGCCCCUCCGCUUGCGCCCCCUCCGCGCGCCGUCGCCCCCAGCUCUCGCCUCCUCUCUCCUGGGUCUCGCCAGCCCCUUCCUGCCACCGCCGCCGCCGCCUCUGGAGGAGCCGGUCCACCGCGGGUCACCAUGCCCAGCAAAACCAAGUACAACCUUGUGGACGAUGGGCACGACCUGCGGAUCCCCUUGCACAACGAGGACGCCUUCCAGCACGGCAUCUGCUUCGAGGCCAAGUAUGUCGGAAGCCUGGACGUGCCGAGGCCCAACAGCAGAGUGGAGAUUGUGGCUGCCAUGCGUCGGAUCCGGUAUGAGUUUAAAGCCAAAAACAUCAAGAAGAAGAAGGUGAGCAUUAUGGUUUCAGUGGAUGGAGUGAAAGUGAUUCUGAAGAAGAAGAAAAAGCUUCUUUUAUUGCAGAAGAAGGAGUGGACAUGGGAUGAGAGCAAGAUGCUGGUGAUGCAGGACCCUAUCUACAGGAUCUUCUACGUCUCUCACGAUUCCCAAGACUUGAAGAUCUUCAGCUAUAUCGCUCGAGAUGGUGCCAGCAAUAUCUUCAGGUGUAACGUCUUUAAAUCCAAGAAGAAGAGCCAAGCUAUGCGAAUCGUCCGGACGGUGGGGCAGGCCUUCGAGGUCUGCCACAAGCUGAGCCUACAGCACACGCAGCAGAAUGCCGAUGGCCAGGAAGACGGGGAGAGUGAGAGGAACAGCAACAGCUCAGGGGACCCAGGCCGCCAGCUCACCGGAACUGAGAGGGCCUCCACGGCCACCGCAGAGGAGACGGACAUCGACGCAGUUGAGGCCCCGCUCCCAGGGAAUGAUGCCCUGGAAUUCAGCCGAGGUGUGACUGACCUCGAUGCGGUAGGGAAGGAAGGAGGCUCCCACACAGACUCCAAGGUCUCACCCCGCCCCCAGGAGCCCAUGCUGACAGCCUCGCCCAGGAUGCUCCUUCCCUCUUCUUCCUCGAAGCCCUCGGGCUUGGGCGCGGGCACGCCGCUGUCCACCCAGCACCAGAUGCAGCUCCUCCAGCAGCUCCUCCAGCAGCAGCAGCAACAGACACAAGUGGCUGUGGCCCAGGUUCACUUGCUGAAGGACCAGCUGGCUGCUGAGGCUGCAGCGCGGCUGGAGGCCCAGGCUCGCGUGCACCAGCUCCUGCUACAGAACAAGGACAUGCUUCAGCACAUCUCUCUGCUGGUGAAGCAGGUGCAGGAGCUGGAGCUGAAGCUGUCGGGACAGAACGCCAUGGGCUCCCAGGAUAGCUUGCUGGAGAUCACCUUCCGCUCUGGAGCUCUUCCCGUGCUCUGUGACCCCACGACCCCGAAGCCAGAGGACCUGCACUCGCCGCCCCUGGGCGCGGGCUUGGCCGACUUCGCCCACCCAGUGGGCAGCCCCUUAGUCGACCACGGCAUGUUUGAGAACUUGAACACAGCCCUCACUCCAAAGCUCCAGUCAAGCCGCUCCUUCCCCCACGUGUCCAGGCCUGCGGCCCCCAGCUCUGCCGCCCUGGGGUCUGUGGAGCCCGGAGGGCCUGGACUCUGGGUGGGCAGCAGCCAGCACCUCAAGAACCUGGGCAAAGCCAUGGGGGCCAAAGUUAACGACUUCCUGCGGAGAAAAGAGCCCUCGAGCCUGGGCAGCGUGGGCACGAUGGAGGUCAACAAGACUGCAGGGGCCCAGUUGGCCGGCGGGGCUGACGUGGAUGAUGGAAGGUCAGCCCUGCAAGAAGCAUUCCCUCGGCUGGAUCCCCCGCCUCCUACCACCAGGAAGCGAACCCCUCGGGCCCUGAAGACCACCCAGGACAUGCUGAUUUCAUCGCAGCCAGUCCUAAGCAGUCUGGAGUAUGGGACAGAGCUGUCACCUGGGCAGCCCCAGGACUCCCCUCCCACUGCCCAGCCCAGCCCAGCAGAUGCUUCACAGCCAGAGGCCAUCAUGGACAUGGUGGACAGGGGCGAGGCUGUGCCCAAUGGAGAGGUUUCCCUGUCGGUACCUGACCUAAUCCACAAGGACAACCAGGACGAACCGAAGCUAAAGGUGACUGAGUGCCGAAGGGCCUCCUCCCCUGGCCUCAUCGAGAGAAAUGGCCUCAAACUCAGCCUGAGCCCCAUCAGCCUGGCUGAGUCUCUGGAGGACAGCAGCCCGCCUCCUCGGGCUCGGACCUCCAGCCUUGACAUUGAGGGCCCUCACCCAGACCUGCUGUCCUUUGAGUAGAGCUUCUUCUGCUCCUGCUGAGACCCCCUCCCCUCUGCUCGCUUCUCCACCGUGCACCCUGGCCCUUGCCCCAGCUCCACCCUGCUGUUUGUCCUGCUUGCACAAGGCUCAGCAGAGCUAAUUCUUACACAUGGGCUGCUGCAGGGCCACAAGUCCAUGAGUAGUCCUAGUUCAAGAGUCCGUCCGUGGAAUGGCAAAAGGACUCGGGUGCCGUCCCAGCUCCUCGGUGUGCUGGCUGCAGCCCUUGGACACUAGGGCGCCUCUGCUCCGAGUUGCCCUGGCUUCCCACUGACCUGCAAGGCCAGCAGCCCAGGAUGAAGGGUGUUCUCUCUGCCUGGCUCCCACAUGCUGCCUGCUCUUCUUCCUCCCAUGCACUCCUGGUUCCUUUUUUCUCCUCCCUGGGGGCCAGAGGCCUCCUGCCUCCGGGGGAAUCAGGCUAAAUGAGGGAUGACGGGUUUGGCUCGAUGAUGGGCCCAGGCCCAGAAAGCCGCACACCCUGAGCACAGCACAGCCACAGCUCCUCCUGGCCCCAAGACAGCACAGGCCUCGGGUUGUUACCUCGCCUCUGCCCGUGUGGAUGCAAGCCGGGGGCGAUGCUUACUGGACCUGAGACCUCGGGCAGCCUUGUCGACACCCCGGGUUCACAGGGUGUGUCUCUUCUAGCCUGAGGCAGGGCACGGAGCCAGCCCCCGAGAGCGCCUGCCCAGCAUGGGAGUGUGGAGAGGCACUGGGCAAGAUGAUGCAGCCAGCUACGCUUGGGCUCCCUGCACAGAAGAGACCCGGGCUUCCCUUGCUGUGCGUGAAGACAGGGCUAGGCAGGCCCUGGCAGAAGCAGCAGAGCAAGUUCUGAUUUUGUUUGGUGGGGAGGGCCCAGGAACCUGGCGUCCAGGGAGCUGGUCCCGAGAGAACCCAGAGCAGUAGUGGGGAAGGCAGUGAAAACGGGAUGGGGACGGCAGUGAAAACGGGUUGGGGAAAGAGUAGUCGUAAGGGCUCAGAACAGCUUUCCGGGGUUUCCACAGUGUGAUGUGAUGUAGUUCUAGGGUCUAGGCGUGGUAAGUGCAGGAAGCAAGGUGAGGAGUGAGAGGUUGGAAUGUGGUAGGAACCGUGGAGCAGGCCACACUUAAGUAGGAGGCGCUCCGCUCUUGUACAGAAGGUGCUGUCUACCUGCCUGCCUCUGGGGUCUCUGUGAAGGACUGACAGUUCACACAGCCCCACUGGUUCUGCCCUCCUGGGUUAACCCACAUCUGUGUUCCUGUCUCCCACCAGGGGUCCUGUCAUGCUGUUUUCCUGUGGCCAAGAGACCCUGUCGGGGGGUGAUCCCAACCCUGGGGGCCUUUGCAGCAAGAAGAGAACAUGCCUUUUUUUGAGCAAGGUGGCUGGGUCCCCGGGAGAAGGCUGGGAGUGGCAUAUCUGGCCAGAGUGGGCUGUUCAGUUCUCCUUCUGUGACUCCUGCCGCCUCCCCUUUCCUAUUCUUUGUUCGGCUUCCCACUCUGGGUGCCCCAGGGCUCACUGCCCACUUCAUCUCAUCACCCAGUUCCUGCUCCCCAGGAACCACUUCUGCCUUAUAAAAUGUCCAAGCUAACUCCUGCAGACCCGGGAGCCUCAGGGGACCACCGGGAUGCAGGUGCCCUUCCCGCCUCCUUGCUUCUGCAGCUGGGGGCCUUGCCACAGCUCUCCCGCCGCCUUUUCUCCUACCCUGCAUUCUCAGAGUGAAGCUUUGUCUCAUCUUCCUCAGGAGGGUCCAGGCACGCCAGGCACCUUGCAGGCCGUGGUGAGGUGAGGAAGGCUGUUAUUGAAUUGAGUCGAUCCUGACUUACUCCAGGAAUAUCACAAAGAUGUUGAUAUCUGACCCUGAUGCUCAGAAGUUCUCAGGACUAGCAUUUGGGGGCCUGUGAGUUUUCCCAGAAUGGCUUGGGGUUCUGCACAAAACACAGAGCUGGGGGCAGAGAACUAAACCCAUGUGCUGGCAGCUAGCCCACUCUCAUCUGCGCUUCCAUCCCAGAAGCUCUGUUUGCUUCUCUGACAGGAAACUUACCAGGUGCCUGCACUCUGGGGCUGCUCCUCUCCCAGAGACCAGGGUGGCUCUGGCUGGGUGAUAUUGUAGCCAUAGGUGCAGAGGUGGCAGGCCUGGGCUGGCUUAAGCACCCUGCUCUCCGCUCCACACCCAGCCGCUGCUGAGGUCCUGGCCCUCAGACCCAGGGUUAGCCCAGGGAUCCUAUCAGGCUGUCCCAGGACCAUGGCCAGGGUGAUCCCAGUGUUCCUCGGACUCGUGUCUAGUACCAAAUAAGAGGCUGUGGGACCCUGUUUCAAUGUCUGGGUGGCCCCUCUGUGAUCUCCAUCUCAGCCAUCCUUCUACAGGAGGGGUGAUGCUGCUACCGGGGUGGAGGAGCUCUCUGAGGCUAAAAUCAGGUCCUAGAUGUGACAGAGAGUGCCUGGUGCUAGGGCUAAGUGUUGCCCAGAGGCCACUAGGAACAGCGACUUCUAUCCUGCUGAGGGCCCCGGCUCAGACCAGCUCUCUAUGCAAAGCCCCACUUGACUUCCCGUGUCCAUGUCAACAACCUGACCUGCCCAUGACUGCAGCAUGGCAGUCACCCCACUGACACACCCCUCAUGGUGAAUGCAACUUCUCUGGAAGUUUGACCCUCGGGUGGCCCAGUCUGCUCAAGGACAGGGUACUGAGGAGAAAUGAAGGGCCUGUCUUCUGUGUCCACAGAAGGAAGCUGGGGCCACAGAGUUUUUUCUCUCCCUGUUACCCACUGUCCUGUAUCCCCAUAUUCAGCGAUAGUUUUACCCUGAUAGAUGCAAGGUGAGCUUCCAGAACUUGGCAGGAAGGUGGCAUAUUCCCCUGCAUGGAGAGAAAUGUAUCUGUGUUAACGAAUGUGGGUGAUAUGAAGACAUUCAUGUAGUCCAUCAACUUCUAAAGAGCAAAGAGGUUGGCCCCAGUUUGGGGAAAGAAGAAUAUUACAGAGCUAUUCCAAGUGUUUUC